GCGGCGGGAGAGUCGGGAGAGCAGGUCCUUCCCCCAAAUUAGGGCGGUUCCACCAGCAGGUGGCACCGCCGCGCCUGCGUAACAAUAGCCAAUAGAAUGGUCUGAUAUUGCUGGAGAAGUCGCCGCCACGAGCCGACGCUCGCGACGGAGGGGGGUUGACUGUGGAGCGCGCGCCCCACCACUCGGGCCUGUCGGGCGCUGCGCUGGCUUCAGAGCGUCUGGGCGAGCUCAGCGGAGAUGUGGGGCCGAGGCCCCGGGAUGUGCUCCGUCCUCUCCUGCGCCACAGCUCCUCGCUGGCUCCGCCCACCAGACUCAGGGCGAGGGGGCGGCCGCGGGAGGCCGGGCCCGCUCUACUCUCAGUGCAUCACAGACCGCCGACGGACGGUCAGUGAGAUUGGAUCCGGGUCUCGUCCCGGAUGUCCUACAGGACCAGCUCCCAUGGCCGGCCGGCCCUGCCCGUCUGUGGCACCAGCUCCAGCACGGAGGCGUCGACGCGGCUUCAGCGCGCGCUGCUGUUUAUAGCCUCCAGCUGCCUUUGGUCCUUUGAUCUGUGAUGUCAGCGCCGGACAUCAGAGGGCGACGCUGAGCCAGUGAGAGGCAGGUCUCCCGCGUGCGUGCAACAAUGGAAGGGUGAUGUGAGUCGACUGGAAUGUUCUGACGGAGGAGGAGACGCCAGAAACUGGACACGUCAACACACACACAGGUCUGUCUCUCUGGCCUUGUGGGGACCUCUCCUGCCUCCAGGCUGAAGACCCUUCCGAGUUCUGGUCCCCACAAGUACAACUCAUGCACCCAUCACACACACAGCCACAGCCGUGAGUGGCUCCGGCGCCUCCUGCUGGUCUCAGCAUGGCUGAAAGGAAACGCCCCCACAUCAGUUCCAGCUGCUGCCAGGAGUUGCAUCAUCGCUCUGACAUGCUCCCCCUCCCCCCACCGCUCCGGACGCUGGUCUCCAGUCUUUGUCGGGCGACAGACUCUUUGCAGCUUGGACUGGACUUGUGUGUAGUGACUCUCCAGCACUCUGAGGAUGAGGAGCCGCCGAGGGUGAAGCCAGAAGAUGCAGCCUCUGCUGUCCAGAGGCCUGGCCGUGGCCCUGCUGCUCUGCGCCUGCCUGCCGGGAGCAGAGGGCCAGGAUCCGGGGCCCCGCCUCACGCUCUCGCCGGCCUGCACCAGCAGCUGCAGCUCCAGAGCCACGGGGGCCGGGGAUGUGUCCCGCUCUGUGGAGGUCCCAGAACAGCGCCCUCCUGUGGCCAAGCUCCAGCAGUCGGGCUCUUCAAGGCUCCAGGCCCAGGUGGUGAGACAGGAGCGGGUCCCCAGAGAACACUCGGCCUUCGGGUUCUGCUUCAGGGAGGUGAAGGACGGACAGUGUGCGUCGCCUCUCCUGGGACUGAGGACUCAAGAGAUGUGCUGUCGGGGGAUCGGCCGAGCGUGGGGGACGUCUGACUGUGUCCUCUGCCCCCAGUCAGGUCAGAACAGCAGCUGCCCUUCUGGCUUCCACCAGGUCAACGGAAGCGCGUGUGUGGACGUGAACGAGUGCGUGAAGCCCGGCCUCUGUGAGAACGGCCUGUGUGUCAACACCAGGGGAAGCUACAGCUGCGUCUGCAGGCCCGGCUUCAUUCUCGACGCUUCGCACGGACUCUGCAUAUCUCGAAGCGUGAUCUCGGAGGAGAAGGGCCAGUGUUACCGGGUGCUGUCUCCGGAUCUGGGGCGCCUCUGCUCCUUGCCCAUCCUCAGGAACAUCACCAGGCAGAUCUGCUGCUGCAGCCGAGUGGGCAAAGCCUGGGGCCCCACCUGCCAGCGCUGCCCGUCCUUCGGCUCAGAGGCCUUCAAGCAAAGCUGCCCUGCCGGGCCCGGGUACCAAUACUCCACUCUGCAGUUCAGGUCCGGUCCCCUGAGGGAGCACCUCUCACCAGCGACUGCAGGUUCCGUAUUUCCCCGGGGCUUCGGGUGGGCUGCCCCGCCAGAGGUUGGCUCCACUGCUAGGUCAAAGGUCAGCCCCUCUGUGGACCCCCCUGUCGCCACCAGCAGAACCAACGGCCAGCAGAAGCAACGUGUGCUGCACAGCCCCCCAGAGUGGAGACGGCAAGACCCGCAACAGUCUCCAGGAGCAAGACUGGCCCCCCGGAGUAGACCGGCUCCGAGCUUGGACCCUCAGAAGAGACCGGACCCUCAGACGAGACUGGCUCCGAGCCUGGCCCCCCGGAGUAGACCGGCUCCGAGCUUGGACCCUCAGAAGAGACCGGACCCUCAGACGAGACUGGCUCCGAGCCUGGCCCCUCACAAGAGACCGGCUCCGACCCCAAUCCCCCGGAGUGGCUCGGGCCCUGAGCGGCUGCCCACAGUGACCCCCAGAGUUGAAGGGCCCAGUGUGUGUGAGGACAGACCCGGCCUGUGUGGACCGGGUCGCUGUGUGGAGCGACCGCGCGGAGGACACACCUGUGUGUGUGACCAAGGAUACGAGCCCAACUUGCACAUGACCUUCUGUCACGACAGGGACGAGUGUCUCCAGAACCCAUGUGGCCACGCCCACUGCACCAACACGCCAGGCAGUUUCAGGUGCAUUUGCCGCCAUGGUUACCGGGUCCACAAUGCAAGCUGCGCAGACAUCGACGAGUGUCUGGAUCAGCUGCGGUGUCCUGGUCAGGAGUGUUUGAACAGUCCAGGUUCCUAUCGCUGCGUCUCCUGUCAGAGGGGCUUCCACCUGAGCGGCCGCCGCUGCACAGAUGUCGAUGAAUGUGAGGACGUUGGCUCGUGUCCGGGUGGCGAGUGUGUGAACACGCCGGGAUCUUACCGGUGCCUGGACUGUGGUCCCGGCUACCAGCGCGUCAGCGGCGUGUGCGCAGACAUCGACGAGUGUCUGCUCAGCCAGCGCUGCUUUCCCAGCGGUGAGUGUGUGAAUGUGGCGGGUUCAUACAGGUGCGUAUGCGCCGACGGCUUCACGGCCAGCGCCGACAGCAGCGCCUGCCUCGACGUGGACGAGUGUGCGCCGUCAGUGGGCGGGGCCACGUGUCCCUCCGGCGCGUGUGUCAACACCCUCGGCUCGUACCGCUGCAUCACUUCCUGUCCACCGGGAUCCAGGCGCUCCUCCAGUGGAGAGUGCACAGCAGCAGCAGCAGCAGCCGGUCUGGAGCCCCGCCCCUCAACCACGCCCCCCAGCGAGCCCCUCCCCUCCCCGGGCCCAGGGGAGGGGAGGGAAUGCUACUACAACCUGGCAGAGCGAGGAACCUGCAACCUUCUGGCCACCAACACCACCCAGCAGGAGUGUUGCUGCACGGUGGGGCAGGGCUGGGGGCUGGGCUGCCAGUACCAGGCCUGCCCCCCCCCUCGCUCAGCUCCCUUCCAGGCUCUGUGUCCCAGUGGGCGGGGCUACGUGACCAGCUCCUCGGACGCCUUCAGCUACACAGACGUGGACGAGUGCAAACGUUUCCAGCCGGAGGUGUGUAAGAGCGGCAUGUGCGUCAACAACAUCCCGGGCUACAAGUGCUACUGCUCCAGCGGCUACGUCUACGACAGCACGCUGCUGGAGUGCAUCGAUCACGACGAGUGCGAGGAGGAGGCCUGCGUCGGCGGCACCUGCGUGAACACGGUGGGCUCCUACUACUGCAGCUGCCCGCCGCCGCUGACGCUGGACGACACGCAGCGCGCCUGCCUCAACGCCUCCCACCUGAGCGCAGACGAGGGCGUGUCGCUGUGCUGGCAGCACGUCACCGACCUGGUGUGUCAGAGUCCUCUGCUGAGUGGCCAGGUCUCCUUCGCCGACUGCUGCUGUCUGUACGGCGCCGGCUGGGGGAUGGAGUGCGCGCUGUGCCCGGCGGCCGACUCUGACGAGUUCGCCGCCCUCUGCAGCCCGCGCCUCUUUCCCUCACCACCGGAACCGUUGGCCCGACCGGAUGCCAGUCCCGGAGCAAGACGGGGCGCCAGGUUGCGAGGCCGGGCCUUUGGCGGGCGUUGGUCUGACGACGGGUUUUCAGGUCUCCCGAGAGCAGACUUCAGGUCUUACCCCGACGGAGACCUUGGCGCCGGCCCUCCAAGGCCGCCCUCCUUCUACCUGCCUGCGGACCCUGGAGCAGAGCGGCCCUUCGCAGCUCUCCCUCCUCCACUGCUAAGUGAGGACGACGCUGAGGUCCGGUCGCCCUUCUACGACGGCAGAGCCGGAGCGCAGAGGCGGGCUCACCACAGACAGCAGGAGGCGUCGGCGGGCGGCGACUGCGGGAUCCUCUUCGGCUGUGAGAACGGAAGAUGCGUCCGCGUUGCUGAGGGUUACACCUGUGACUGUGACUUCGGUUACCAGCUGGACUUGACCUUCAUGACAUGCACAGACGUCAACGAGUGCGAGGACGUCGCCGGCGUGGACUUUCCCUGCGUCAACGCUCGCUGCGUCAACACGGAGGGCUCGUUCCGCUGCGUGUGCAGGAGGGGAUACGUGAUGUCACACAGACCCAACCACUGCGUGGCGGCGUAGAGGAGACGCC